AUGGCCAUGCAAAUGUGUAAUAGACGUGUCACUCAGGUGACUACGAAUCUAGUUCGACAAAUUGCUAAACCAAUCCCAAUGAAAGUCGAAGAUGACCAUCAUGAUGACGAUCAUACUCAUAUCGCUGUACCAAAAACACCAACGCCCAGAACGUUUUUUUCUAUGAACAAACAUUUAUUACGUGGAAAUGCUGCGAUCACCACUGGUCUUAGCUCUGCACUUAGCGUUCGUCAUGCUCACACCGAUAUUCAAGUACCAAGUUUUGAUUAUUAUCGACGAAAAGCACGUUUAGAUGCAUCAAAAUCGCAUCGAGACGACGGCGAUACCACAUCACCCUACUCCUACUUAACCCCACUUGGUAUGGCCGUUACGUCAGCUUACAUGGCUAAAUACAUUGUUCGAGAUAUUGUUUCCUACGUUGGCCCAGCCAAGGAUGUUAUGUCACUUGCCAAAGUAGAAAUCAGUCUUGAUGCCGUGCCUGAAGGAAAGAAUGCUGUUUUUGAAUGGCGUAACAAACCAAUCUUCGUUCGUCAUCGUACAGCAGAAGAAAUCGCCCGGGAAGAAGGUGUCAAUGUCAGUCAACUGCGUCAUCCACAAAACGAUUCAGAACGUGUAAAAAAAUCCGAAUGGCUCAUUGUAAUCGGUAUUUGCACCCAUCUUGGUUGCAUUCCCAUUGCAAAUGCAGGAGACUAUGGUGGUUAUUAUUGUCCAUGUCAUGGUUCGCAUUAUGAUGCUUCUGGACGUAUACAUGAACAGACCGUUAUCAUUGGCUAG